AUGGAAAAUAAUCGACUGCUGAAUUUCACAUCAGAGUCCGCUCAGCUUGUGAAAACUGUGCUGGGAAGACACCGUCACUCAGUCUCAACGGAGCCGGUGGAGGACUCCCCUGACAGUGAGGUCAACAAUAUAAACUGGGUUUCAAGCAAAGACUUUACUAUCGAGGUAGGGAAAAGACAGAUCGGGGAGUAUGUCCAAACCUGGGAGAUGCCGCCCUGCUGGCUUUAUAGUCUGGAUUUCCUCUACUCGACUGAGGAGGAGCAUCAAACCUUCUACCACUACCGAGCCCGCUUUACCACCCCGACCUCUCGGAAGCCAAUUCAGGGGACAGCCAGCGUCUACUUCUCCGUGGGGAUAUCUAAAGUGAAGCCCCGGUCUCUGCCUGUGGAGGUGCACUUUGUGGUGGAGUCAAACAGGCUGGUGCACACACCCGGGAGGACCAGGUUCAGAGAGAAGUGGCUGGUGGACAUUAUUGAGAGCAAGACUUUGCUCCGGAAAGCUGUGGACCUUUGA